UGUCUUGAAUACGGAUAAUAUGAGUAUUGUCGGGAUUACCAUUGAUUAUGGGCCUUUCGGAUUCAUGGAUCGGUUCAUGUGGGACCAUGUCUGCAAUUCAUCGGACACAAGUGGCCAUUACAGCUACGCGCAACAACCGUCGGUUUGCCAGUGGAAUUGUGCUCGUCUGGCUGAGUGUUUGGUACAGUCCAUAUUGAGCAUUGAAUCCAACUCAACUCAUAGAUCGAAUAAAGCGUCGUUUAACGCAAGGCAAUCGGAGCUGCAUUCGCAAUUUAAGGACGUACUGGAUACCCACUUCAUGGAUACUUUCCAGCUCGUCUAUUCAGACCGUAUGCGAAAGAAGCUUGGCUUGUUUGCCCGCCCCAAAGACGAUGACACUCAAAGAAAAGAUGAACGCUUAGUUAAAUCUCUCCUGGACACCAUGGAAAGGACAGGAGCUGAUUUUACCAACACUUUCUUAGCACUUGAAGAAAUCUUGGAGAGGGCAGUUGCCUCAAUGAAUGACGACAGUAGCUUGACUUUACAUCCAGAUGCAGUUAUUGAGGAAUGUUGUUCCGUGGCGGAACUAGCUGAGGCUUAUGCACCAACAGACGCUGACAUGCAGUGGCAACGACUAUCGGAGAUUAUGGGUUUUAGCCACAGAUUCCUGCAGCGGUUGGAUGAACCGAAAGUGUUGAAGAGCGCGGAGAAGACCCGUCGUUACGAAAAAUACAAGCACAUGACUGAUUCGGAAAAACGUUCUCACGAUGCUGAACUAUGGCAGACUUGGCUGGACGCAUACGCAGCCCGCUUGAUGGAAGACAUGCUUCUCGAACCAACUUACUCUUGGUCUGAUCGCCUUCAGCUAAUGCGAUGCUCUAAUCCAUGUUUGAUUUUACGUAAUCACCUUGCUGAAGUGGUGAUUAAAGCUGCGGAGGCUGGCAAUUUCACUUGUGCAAAACAACUGUUGGAUGAUUUACGCCAACCAUUUGCGCUACCUGAAGCGUCACCAACUCGGAAACUCAUAUCCCAAGCAGCGCCUGAAGAAGACAUUCAUGUUGAACCCACGGUUCGUUUUCCAUGCCCCUUCAGGUUCAGCCAUAUUUAUUUCCUAUCCCACCUAGGCGCUGCUCUUAGUACUCACGUGGAACAGUGCCCUUCCCUGCUAUUUUAUUGUCUUGUCUUUUCUCAACUUGAAAGCUGUCGGCCAGUAGGCUUAAGAAUCACAUGUCUGCCUUGUAAUCUGUGGGCACGGGUUCGAGCCUGUGUAGGGACCGAGUGACCCUCCCUGUAUCCUUAGCCUGCGUGCGACUGGUGGUGGUUUUGCGGCAGCGAAACGUUAGUAUUGCGUACCGUCGUGCUGCUGCUGCCUUUUCUUCUUCUUCCCAUUUUUGCAUUUUCAUGCAUGAUGUUUAGAAAUUUUCGAUAUUUGCCUCACCUCACACAUUUCGCGCACUGCAAAUUAUGGCGCGCACAUGUUGUGGGUCAAUGUAUGUUGCUGGAAAUUCAUUGGAACGACAUUGCUCAUUUACCCUCAGGUUAUCUAUCUGUCAUCGGUUAUGCUAUGUACCUUAUUAUCCUAGUCAUGACCACCGAAUCGACAAUACUCGUCAUGCCUGAUGAACUCAUUCCUGUUAUCUUGAAACAACUUUUUCCACCCUGCCUUCCUUUAGUAUCCGGAUUGUCAACAACUUCACUCUGUAUUGGGCACAACGGGGCUUUGGGUGACCUGCUAGUCAUUUUAUUGUGCUGGCAGGUGUCACAAUUUUGACAGACGACAUUAACAUCUUUGUGUAUGAGAGGCCAUACAAAUCGGUAACGAACAGUUGCUUCAGUCUUUCGCUGACCACCAUGCGCUAUCUCAAUAUGUACACGCUCAAUGAAUUCCUGAAUUUUCGAUCGAGGAACGACUAGCCUUGGGGGAUUGCCUUGCCUGGAUUGCAUAUAUAAGAG